GUGCUUUCCAAUUUUAAAACUCCUUUCCCCUUCUUAUCACUGCACAUUUUACAAAGAGCAAUCAUACAAUUUCAUAAUAAACUGCUUAUAACUGAAGGCCAUUCUAGUAUUAAUAAUGACUGUUGAAGAACCCUGCUACACUUUGAUAUCCUAUGAAGAUUGUGAAUUUACUUCAGAACAGCAACUUAAAGUUCAAAUAGAAAAAGGAGGGGACGCUGACAAGUUUAGGAGUCUAACAGAAAUAAUAAGAGGCCUAUUAGGGGGGAGUAAGUAUCCAUCUCUGCUUAUGCACGUAAUCCGUUUUAUUCUCCCUAGAAAAGAUAAAAAUCUAAAAAAGUUAUUGUUAAUUUACUUUGAAAUUGUUCCCAAACGCUCAGAUGAUGGAAAACUUCUUCCGCAAAUGAUACUCGUAUGCGAUGCCUUUCGCAAAGAACUUGAACAUCCUAACGAGUACAUACGUGGGGCCACUCUUCGGUUCCUUUGCAAAUUACGGGAACCGGAUUUGCUGGAGCCUUUGAUGACCGCCAUCUGCGAUAACUUGAAGCAUAAAAAUCCAUACGUUCGCCGAAACGCUGUACUCUGCAUCUACACAAUUUAUAAAAAGUUUCCGUCUCUGCUUCCGGAUGCACCUGAGAUUAUCCAAUCUUACUUGGAGCAAGAAAGUGAUAUGUCCUGUCGCAGGAACGCUUUCAUGAUGCUUACCUAUGCCGCUCCAGAACGCGCUUUAGAGUAUGUCACUUCCAGACUCCAUGAGAUUCAGAAGUUCGGCGACAUUUUGCAGUUGAUGUUUGUGGAGCUUGUUUACAAGGUCUGCAGGGGCUGUCCGGCCCGGCGAGUCAGCUUCAUUCGCCCUAUAUACCAGCUACUUAGUGCCUCCAGCCCGGCUGUAAAAUUUGAGGCCGGGAAGACGCUGCUUGUGCUCACGAGCGCGCCCACUGCCGUGACUGCCGUGGCCAAAACUCUCAUGGAGCUGAUAUAUCGAGAAAGUGACAACAAUGUCAAGCUGGUCGUCCUUAGUCGCCUUGAGGCUCUUAGGAGUCUGGCGGGGCACUCCAGCGUGUUUGAGGGCCAAAUCAUGGAUCUGCUCCGCUGUCUGUGCUCUUCUGACCUUGAUGUUCGACGAAAGGUUUUGGGUAUAGCCAGCCGCUGUAUUAUCUCCGAAAACAUCGUGGAGGUGGUCGCCUUUUUGCGAAAAGAACUGCUAAAGACUCAUGACGAAGUCGACUUUAGCGAUGAGUAUAGGCAAAGCCUGGUGCGGACUCUGCACGGAUGCGCCAUACGCUUUCCCUCAGUGGCUCCCCAGAUAGUCCCUCUCCUUCUGGACUUUUUAGGAGAAGCCAGUGCUUCUUCUCGGGAAGUGAUUUUCAGCGUAAGAGAGGCCAUCGUGUACUUCCCUGCUCUUAGGAAAAGUAUUAUUGAGAAGCUGCUAGACUCUUUUUACUACAUUAAAGAUCUCGAUGUCCUUCGAGCGACCCUGUGGAUAAUGGGAGAGUAUUGCGAAGAGAAAGAGACUGGUGAUAGAGUUUUUGACACCGUUUGCGACGCUAUUGGAGAAUUGCCUAUUGUCCCCCCAAAGCAGCAGCCUGCCGAGGAGGAGAGGAACGAAGGUGAAUUGGCCCACCGGCGAGUCGAGGCAGUUUCAAGCAAUGGAGUGAAACUCAACACAGAUGGAUCAUACGCAACGCAGAGCGCCUUUACAGCUUCUACUCCCGCCAGCGCUUCGCAGACGCUCACGAUAAAAUCGUUCACCCCGUUACGCGAUAUGCUCUAUGAGGGGGAGUAUCUAGUCGCGAUUGCCUUGGCUAGUACCCUAGUAAAGUUGGUGUUACGGAGGCGAGAGCUGGCCCCGAACGAUGCAGAAUGCAACAAACGCACUGCAAAGGCCAUACUAAUCAUGGCCGCCAUCCUCCGCUUGGGAACCUCUGGAAUGACCUCUCACGCUAUUGAUGGGGACUCUCACGACUGGCUUGUACUCUGUUUGCGGGUCCUUUCCGAACCGCAACCCAUCGCCGUUCGGGCAUUUUUGCACGAGUGCCAACUGGCUUGGAAUAACUUAUUAGAGGAUUUAAGGAAGGAGAGCAACAACGACUUUGAGAAGCAAACUCAACCCGUCCAUGCCGCGCAAGUUGACGAUGCCCUCGUUUUUCGCCAUUUGGGCACCGCCAGCGAGUUGGAAGAUGAGUUGGAGGCUUCCCUUUCCAUAGCCGUUGGAACAGGCGAGAUGCACGGGCUGAAAGCCGACUUUGAAAAGCCAGUGCAGCUCACUGGUUUGUCCGACCCCAUCUUUGCGGAGGCGCUUAUUACGAUCGAACAGUUCGAUCUUACGCUCCUUAUACUUGUCGUCAAUCAAACUCGAGACACACUCCACAAUCUCUGCCUCGAACUUUUCACAGUUGGCGCCUUGAAGGUGUCCGAGAGGCCUGAACAGUACACGUUAGCCCCCGAGGGUUUCAUUACCAUCAAAGUAGGCAUCAAGCUGUCUUCUUCUGACGGGGGACUCAUAUUUGGCCUCCUUGCGUACGAUGUCAGGUGCGGGACAACCACCACCUCCUGUGUGGUGCUGAGCGAUAUCUCUGUGGACGCCAUAGACUACAUCCAACCUUCUACGUGCACAGACGAGGAAUUUCGUCGCAUGUGGGCAGACUUUGAGUGGGAGAAUAAGCUGACGGUCAAGACGGAUAUUACGUCUCUAGAGGAGUAUGUCAGCCAUAUUGCUUCGUGCACCAACAUGAAUUGUUUAACUUUAAAGGGUUCACAAAAAGGCGAAAGCAACUUUUAUGCCUCCAUUCUUUACGCUCGUAGUAUUUUUGGGGAGGACGUACUUGCUAGCCUAUCACUCGAGAAAGACAACGACAACAAAAUUGCGGGACACAUUCGAGUUCGUGCUAAAACGCAAGGCAUGGCUUUGAGUUUGGGCGACAAAAUUGCACGGAGUCAACAUAAGAAGCGAUUACUUUAGCACUUUAGGAAUUUUUAUUGAAUAUGCUGCUGAGAAUAGGACUCUCGAUUCUCCUUUUUCUUUUUUUUUA